AAGCAUUAUCAGUUCAACCAUCAAAGGUCUCUAAAUUUAUUUUCUACUUUCUUAUUUUCAAUCUUCCAAAAGAACAAAUGGCAAUGCUCAGCGCUAAGAAACUCAUCAAGAUGGCCAGGAAAUGGCAGAAGUUUGCAGCUAUGCAGAGGAAGAGGAUUUCAUCAUUUCCAAGAAAUGCUAGUGAUGCAGACAGUUGCAGUACAUCUUCAUCCUAUAUAGUUGAAAAAGGCCAUUUUGUAGUAUAUAAAACUGAUCAAGCCCGUUUUGUCGUUCCCUUGGCUUACCUUGAAAAUGAGGUCAUUAGACAACUUUUAAGCAUGUCCAAAGAAGAGUUUGGGUUGCCAAGUGGUGGCCCUAUUACAUUACCCUGUGAUUCAGCCUUGAUGAGUUACAUCAUUUCACUAAUCAAGAGAGGUGUAGCUGCUGGAGAUCUUCACAAGGCGUUGCUCUUCUCAAUUCCUUCAUGUUGCUCUUCAACUUCUUCUUUGCACCAAGAAAGUGGAAGCCAACAGCUACUUGUUUGUUGAGUCAAGGCCAACAUUCUUUUUGUAAAUGCUACCUCAAAAAUAGUCUUUAGACGACGAGUACACAAUUGUAAAGAACAUCAUACAGAUUGAAUACUACUCUAUUUGAAA